AAUGCACCUCACUUUACAUUCACAUGACAAAAAUGUAGCUAAACCAAUACCAUCUUUUGGUCCAAACUCAGAUGAGCCGAAAAGUGACAGUUUAUAGUUCAUAUGUUAUUAUCGACUUCUAAUGGUGUUUCGAUCUCAAGAAUCCUAAAAAUACAUUCUUCUAAAACAAAUUCAUGAAAUGGUGCACAAAUCAUGGUAAUCUGUAAUCCUUUUGAACGACUCAAAAUGUAUUCCACAUUUUUCCCCAGAUCAUUUUGUCACAAAAAAUGGUCCACAAUUUUGUUGAGACAUUAUACUCUAUGUUCCGUUAUUUCUUUUCACACAUGAUAAUGUACAGAUAUCUUUGCUCAUGCACUUGCCUAGAACUUCCCUUCUGAUGAUUGCCCUUCAACUUAUUCUUUCUUUGAUUAUCACAAGGGUUUUGUUUUGUUUUCAAUACGAGUCACUAUCAAACAUCCUAUGGUUUUUUCAACAUAAUGGUUUCAUGUAAACCAUUUUAUUUUAAGAAUAUUCUCCCAUAUACUACGGUUUUCACGAAGCCAUCAAGCUGCCAAUUCUAACUUAUUCCAAUAUUACAUCAUUUGAUGACUCUCAGACACACACAAAAUAGAAAGAAUAACCAGAGAUAACAAUAGGAAAACAGCAUAAUGCCAAAAACUCCUUUUUGUUUUUUUAUCAAAAUUGAUGAAAACAAGGUAUUCCACCAUGCAUAUAUCCUUGAAACUUUCACAACCAGCUGUUGCUUGCACAUACAAACUUCACCAUGUUAGGUCCAUUAGUGUCCUACAAAUAUUCCACACAACUUACUCUACAAAAACAGGAAAAAAAAUCAUUGUUUUUCUUCUCUUUUGGUUCCGUAGUACAAAAAUGGAAGAAAAUACUUAUGAGACGGAAAGCGCCUCAACUCGAAGGCCAAGAUCAAUGGAAGAUGAAGAGGACAUAUCUAAACAAGAUGUACAUAAAGUAGGGAUGAAGCUCCAGAGGGAUGAUCAUGAGGAGGAUUAUAGAGGAUCAUAUGGAGGAGAUGAUCAAGAGAUGAAACCAACAAAAACUGAAGUUUUUGGAUGGCAUUUGUAUGGGAUGUGCUCCUACUUCAUUCACACUGUGUUAAUUCCAAUUGUUUUUCCCCUCAUAAUCAGCCAGACUUUGUCUUGGCCACAGCAACCUCAGCUUGGCAUUGUGAAGAAUGCCAAGGGAUUGGAGUGCAGACAAAGGGAGUUAGAACUGUAUGAAAUGUUAACAAAACACAGAAUAAAUCUCUCUGGUAUUGAGUAUUCAGCAUUGGAGUGGACCUCAAUGUCUUGGAUCAUUGGCCUAAUUCUAGCAGCACCAGUUCUUGGAUUUCUUUCCAUCCACCUAGACUAUGGCAGAAACCAACAGCUCAUUGCAGCUGCAUCAACAGCCAUAGGAGCAUUGUUCUGUCUUCCAGCUGGAUUUUUCAAGACCAGAUGGAUCUUUCCACCAUAUAUCGCUGCGAUUGUUGCUGCCAACACCAUUGCUUCUUCCUGUCAUGCCCGCCACCUUGGCCUAAUGGUCCGAGGCCUUGUUGGUUCACCUGUCCGGAAAAGCCAAUUCCCGGAUAGAAGAGCUGUGGCUAGUUGGCUUUCCCUUCAUUCCACGGCUGCUGGCUGCUUAGGUGCUGCUAUUAUGUCUGCUUUUACCUACCAUAUGCUCAGGAAAUCUGAUAGCUUUACUAGCUUGUGGGUUGUGUCUAUCUUUAGUGGCCUAAUUUGGUUUAUUGGAAUGGUUCACAUUGCUACCUCAAAUCGACCUGGUCAAAAUGCAGACUUGCACCCAAAUUCUGCUCCGAAAACUCAUGUCGUUUCGAUUUUCAAGUACCCUCAUGCAGCUGGAAGUCUUGCUGGAGUUUUCCUUUCAUCUUUCACAACAAUGUGCAUUUUCACAGCAGCAGUACUUUAUUCUAUUGGAGACCUUUGCAUUCAACCAGUGAACAUAUUGUACCUUUGGCUUACCUAUUUUAUCUUCCCAUUGGUUUCUCUUCCACUGAUUCAUCCACUGCAGCAACUUAUAAGAGCUGAUGCAGUGAAAAUGCAGCUUCUUGGAUUCAUACUAUCAGCAAUUGUCUCAGGAUUCGGAUUCUACUAUCGCCACGAUGAUUGGAAUAAAGUUCACAUAUUCAUCUUUGCUGCAGUUCAAACUACUGCCACAGGUGUGUUACAUGCAUUUGGUAGAGUUCUUUGGUUGGAUUGCUCACCAUCUGGUAAAGAAGGUGCAUUUUCUGUUUGGUUCUCUUGGGUGAGAGCUUUAGGGACUUGUGCUGGUUUUGCACUUGCAUCAAGUUCACCUCUAAACAUUGAAAUGUCAUUUGGAGUUGCAUUUUGUGCUGCAAUUCUUGGAAAAAUCAUUCUUAUAUUUGGGAAUAUCAGUAACAUUGGAGGUGCAAAAGCUGCAGGACAUGUUAAAGAGUAUAGUGAGAAAGGUUCACCAGUGCCUGCUGGCUUGGAUAGUGGUGUUGAAAUCAAGGUGCCUGUGUCAACAGAAGUUCAAGAAGAAUUAAAUGUUCAAAUCAAGUGAUGUAUUUAAAUGCUACUAAUAAUUUUUUAUGCUUUUCCAUUUUUUGUCUUUUGUAUUUGGUUGCUUCAAAAGAAUAUUUUUACUUACAUUACCUGCAUGAACAAAGUGUAUGUAAAAUCUACCUAAUGCUAUAUGUAUCAUGGAUUUUAUCUGAGAACCUGUCAUUCUUUUGUUGUGAUUAAUAACAAGAAUAAUGACACCAGAAACAAUAAACUUUGUGUGUUUUACAUAGUGGAGGGUUCUCAUAGUAAAAUGAAAGUUCAAUGUUGUGAAUCAGCCACUUGUAACACUAAAAUAACCACACACAAAAAUACAAACUCCUCCAAAAAAAAAAAAAAAAUGUUUUGACUAAACUAUCCUUAAUUAUGACUUGCAUAUUACUAUUAACUUGACACAUUGUAAUCUGGUCACUUAACACUUAAUAAGGGCAAAUUUGAAAAAUUAAAGUUAAUUCCUACUUAAUUAUGUUAGUAGACACUUAUUUUGAACCAAAAAUAAAAAGGCUAUGUCCACUUAUUAUGAAUCAGAGAGAGUACAACUUACGCAAUGCACAAUUACU